UUUACAGAUUCCUUGGAUCUUCGGCUGACGUUAUUUUUACUUGGUUAAAAAUCACCUUUAUCUUCCUUAUGCUGGAACCAGUGGCAGGUCAAAACGCGUGGGAUUAAUGUAUUCCUAUAGUCGUUCACGACGAUCUUUGGUUGGGUGGCCAGUAGCGGAGCAUGUCCAGGAGAGCUUUCGUUGGAUCAAGUGGCACCUACAACGUGCGCGCCUCAGAACUAGCUCGCGAGAAACGAGUCAAAACUAUACGUUGCACAGUAUUCUUUCUAGACGAUUCUCAACAGACUUUUGAAAUCGAUAAACGUAGCAAGGGUCAAAUUUUGCUGGAUAUGGUUUUUCAGCAUUUAGAAUUAAUAGAAAAAGAUUAUUUUGGACUUCAGUUUUCAGAGCUUGACCAUUCAUCUAACACUAUGAGGUGGAUGGAUGCUAACAAACUUAUUAGGAAACAAAUUAAAUCUGGACCUCCUUAUUUAUUAUACUUUAGAGUGAAAUUCUAUGUCUGUGAUCCAAGCAAGCUUCAUGAAGAGUAUACAAGGUAUCACUUCUUUCUUCAGUUGAAGAAGGAUAUUGUUGAUGGUAAACUAAUAGUUCCUUCUGCUACAGCUGUGUUAUUAGCUAGUUAUGCUGUUCAGUCUGAAAUUGGUGAUUUCAAUCCUGAAGAGCACAAGAAUGGUUAUCUGUCAGAAUUGCGUUUGAUGGCAAAUCAGACAGAAGAAAUAGAGAAAAAGAUUGCUGAACUUCAUAAACUGCAUAAAGGUCAGACGCCAGCAGAUGCUGAGUAUAAUUUUUUAGAUCACGCUAAACGACUUGACAUGUAUGGUGUUGACCUACACAAGGCAAGGGUAAGGGACACAACUAAUGCUGAUAUACAGUUAGGAGUUACAUCUUCAGGUCUUGUUGUCUUCCAAAAUAAUUUAAAAAUCAACACUUUCUCUUGGGCAAAAAUUGUUAAGAUAUCAUUUAAAAGGAAACAAUUCUUUAUUCAAUUGAGAAGAGAAGGAACUGAAACAUACGACAGUUUACUAGGUUUCAAUAUGCUGAGUUACCGAUCCUGUAAAAAUCUGUGGAAAUCUUGCGUUGAACACCAUACAUUCUUUCGUUUACAUGUUCCUCGAGCUCCCACCAAAAGGUUAUUAUUUAGUUUAGGUUCAAAAUUUAGGUAUAGUGGAAGAACUGAAUAUCAAACCCUUGAAGAUGGUAAACAUAAGGCUAGAACAGAACGUGUUUUUACCAGGUCCCCAACUAAACGAUUUGCCAGACAGACAAUACCUCAGGUGACAAGAGAGGUGCUUGAUGGAUGGGAAAAGAAGAUUACAAAACCCAUAGCCAGAAUUAAUGGCACAUCCAAUGCACAUAUCCGCCCAUAUGACAGCUUUAGUCAUAAAAUACAGGUGUCUGAACCUGAAUACAAGCCAAGAAAAGCUUGGGCUGAGACACCAAGUCCAGAAAUCACUGCCUUUACUCCAUCAAUUCCGCCCAAAUUGCUGAAUUACGUAGAUGAUGAUAAUGUGACUGAUGAUUUAUAUGAAAUGUCAUCGUACAUGUCAGAGACAGUUGUGGCAAAUGGUCAUGAGGAAUCUCAAGGAUUAGCAACUAUCAAAAUGAAACCAGAUGAUCAAGGUCGAUUUGGAUUCAAUGUCAAAGGUGGAGCAGACCAAAAUCUUCCCAUUUUGGUAUCAAGAGUUGCACCAAAUACACCUGCUGAUACUUGUAUUCCGAGACUAACUGAAGGUGAUCAAGUACUUAUGAUAAAUGGUCGAGAUGUUGCUGGAUUGACUCAUGACCAGGUUGUGAAACUAAUACGAGCUUCUCGAGAUCGUCAUCCAGCUGAGUUAGUUUUAACCGUACGUCCAAAUGUCUAUGCUGGAGAGGAUGUGGAAGAGCCAGAUUUUCAAUAUAUACCUGAUGCUGACCAUGUGUCCUCUAAAGUUCCACGUUCGGAUGUGCUUGCUGAAUCCAUGCUACUUCUUAGUGAUGGUUUAGAAAGUGGUGCAGCUAUAGCUAGAUUUGAUCAAUUGUACAGGAAAAAACCAGGCAUGUCUAUGAAUAUUGCUAAACUACCUGAAAACCUCAACAAAAAUCGAUAUAAAGACAUAUCACCUUAUGACAGCACCAGAGUGAUUUUGCAUGGAGGAUCUAAUGGGGAUUAUAUAAAUGCCAGCCAUGUAAAUAUGGAGAUUCCCACAUCAGGUAUUGUAAACAGAUAUAUUGCUUGCCAAGGUCCACUUCCAAAUACAACCAUGAAUUUUUGGCUGAUGGUAUGGGAACAGCAAUCUACUUUAGUUGUAAUGGUCACUACAUUAAUGGAAAGAGGAAGAUCGAAAUGUCAUAAAUACUGGCCAAAUCUGUACGAUACAUUAGAGCUUGGUCCCCUCCGUGUCACAUGCAUAAGAGAGCAGGAAAAGUCAUCAUUUGUCUUUCGAGAAUUUACUUUGAUUAAUAAUGACGUAAGUAACUUUUUAACUUUGAAANCUCCUUUAUAUAGUGCUGGUAUUGGGCGUACUGGUGUUUUAAUAUUGAUGGAAACAGCAAUGUGCCUUAUUGAAGCAAAUGAACCUGUCUAUCCACUCGAUAUUGUGAAGGCAAUGAGAGAUCAGAGAGCGAUGCUGAUACAAACCAUUAGUCAAUACAAGUUUGUCUGUGAAGCUAUUUUAAAAGUAUAUAAUGAAAAAAUAGUAAAACCUUUGAAAGAAUACCAAAGGUGAAAUACUUCUUGAAAUCUCUAAGCAGUUAAAGUUCGACAGUGCCUCUGAUUAUAAAAAGUAACUCAUGGACAUUAGCAUUUUUGAAGAUUUCAAGUCUCUUACCAAAAAUUGGUAAAUUGAGUUCAUCUGUAAAGGAAGUUUGUCUAGAUAAGUCUGCAGCUCUCUGAAAUGUUCUUUAGAACUUUUCAUUGCAGCCAUUUACUUUUGAUGUAGAGUGAAGUUAAGAUAUUUAUUGUUAGUCACUUGUGGGCAGUGAUAGUUUUGCAUUUUGUUUAGAUAUCGGAACCGUUCAGAAAUACUGUAUUGUUGGUGCUUCUGUUGGCCUAGCUACGCCCAUAGCCAUUGUACAAAUUUACCAUGGGCACAGCUCUUUUGGUAUAUUUGUAUGGGUUUAUAUUUUUGUAGAACAUUUAUACAUUGUAUAUAAAAAUGACUGUAGAUAUUUUGUACUUUGGUGUACGGAAGAAAUUUCUUUUUCUUUCAUGUUGAUAGUGUAUAUGUUUGACGGCUUUUCUCGUUAUCCCCACCAUCUCUGAACAUAGUGUGCAUAUAGAUAGAAUUAAUUGGUUGAAUACACUGAAAAAUGUAUGAAACCUUGUAUUUAUAUAUAAUGUACAUCUUUAAGUUAAAAUUGUAAAUAGAUUUUCUUUUUCUUUUGAGUGUAGCUGAAAAAACUAAAAAGUAUUUUCUUUUAAAUUAUUCUUGUAUUAUGUAAAAUUUAUUUAUACAGAAGAAAAAAAUUAAGCUAUUCACUUGUUACUUUUUAGUUGAAAAAAUAUUAUGAUUUUAUUUUGUUGUUUUUUUCUGUUAUAAAUUUACUUUCAGGUUCUUUACUUGUAUUAGUGUGCCAUAUUAAGAUCUAUAAUAAUUUUUUUUAUACUAUUCUUAAUUUAAAAUUACUAAAAUUUAAAAUAAAAAUUAAUAAAUUUAGAAAUAUAAAGUUUAUAUUAUAAUUAUAUGUAAUUCUUUUAAAUUAAAAAUGAUCUCCAACUAGUUGUUUUUAUUGAACUCAUUUUUUAUCAUAAUUUUUUUCUGAUCAAAUAUUUACUUUUUUUUAUUUAUAGAUUUAAUUUUGAAAAAAUUUAUAAUUCUAAUAAACUGUUUUUAAAGUUGUGUUAAUUAAAUAUAUAUGUAUAUUUAAAAGUAUUAUUUUUCUAUUACUGAUAAUUUAAAGUUUUUAGUUCAAGGUUUAAAUCUUUUAAUGCACAUUAUCAAAUUUAAAUUAAUGAUUAACAAAAAUUAAAAGUUACUUCUGCCUCUAUUCUUUCCUUUAAUUUCCAUGACAGAAAACAAACAAUUGUUUCCAUUUUAAUUUUAAGUUCAUAUUUAAAAAUAUUUAUUUUAACCUUUAAAAUGAAUUGACAUUUUAUAUUGUAGUAUUGUCAUAGAAUUUUAAUGGCAUCUUUUUAUAUUAAAUGUCCUAGUCUCUUUUAAUACAUAAUGUUACCCUGUCAAAGAUACUUUCAGAUCUAAAAACAGAACAUGUUUUUGUUUGCAUGACUUUUAUACAACACAUUGUAGUCACAUAUAUGUUAAACAUAAUUAGUGAAAAUUUUGUAAAACCUGCAUUUGUAUUGAUUUUUUACAAUGUUUGUAAUGAAUAUUUUACUGCCACAAGCCUUUCAUCAAAUGUACUUCCGUUUAUAGCUAUAGUAAAACCAUUAGCUGACUCUUUUCAUCAGAAAAUUAUGUAAGAAUUUCUUAAAAUAAAGCUGUUGAAAGUAUUUUUAA